UGCAACGAAUUUGCGAUGGUAUAUUCCCAGAGAAGAAGUCUGAAAUUCCGGCGCCUGAUGCUGUCGCUUCUGCUCCUCACAGCCUGGGAGGCCGGGAGCGGCCAGGUCCACUACUUGGUCCGGGAGGAGACCAAACACGGCACCUUCGUGGGCCGCAUCGCGCAGGACCUGGGGCUGGAGCUGGCGGAGCUGGUGCCGCGCCUGUUCCGGGUGGCGUCCAAAGGCCGUAGGGACCUUCUGGAGGUAAAUCUGCAGAAUGGCAUUCUGUUUGUGAAUUCUCGGAUCGACCGCGAGGAGCUGUGCGGGAGGAGCGCGGAGUGCAGCAUCCACCUGGAAGUGAUCGUGGACAGGCCGCUGCAGGUUUUCCAUGUGGAGGUGGAGGUGAAAGACAUUAACGACAAUCCGCCAAGGUUCUUCCGACAAGAGCAGAGAUUAUUUAUUUUAGAGUCAAGAAUAGCGGAUUCCAGGUUUCCGCUAGAGGGCGCAUCAGAUAUGGAUAUAGGAACAAACGCAGAAUUGAGAUACAAGUUAAAUGCUAAUGAAUAUUUUGACUUGGAUGUUAAAACAAAUGAAGAAGAGACAAACUUAUUAGAGCUGGUUUUGAAGAAACCAGUAGAUAGAGAAGAAAAGCAAGAACAUCGUUUAUUAUUGAUUGCAAUUGAUGGAGGAAAACCUGAACUAACAGGUACAGUUCAGUUAUUGAUCAAUGUAUUGGACGCGAAUGAUAAUGCCCCGGAAUUUGACAAAUCAAUUUAUAAUGUUCGAUUAUUGGAAAAUGCACCAAACGGGACAUUAGUUAUUAAACUGAACGCCUCAGAUGCAGAUGAGGGCAGUAAUAAGGAAAUAGUGUACCUCUUUAGUGAUCUUGUUCUUGACAACGUAAAAUCUAAAUUUGCAAUCAAUUCUAAUAAUGGGGAAAUAACAGUUCAGGGAGAACUGGAUUACGAAGACUGUAAUUUAUAUGAAAUUAAUAUUGAUGCUGUAGAUAAAAGUCCAUUCCCACUAACUGGACACUGCAAAGUAAUAGUGAAACUCCUGGAUGAGAAUGAUAAUACACCAGAGAUGGUCAUAACCUCUCUAUCUCUGCCUGUCCAAGAGGACGCUCCACUGGGCACCGUCAUCGCCUUAAUCAGUCUGUCCGACCGCGACUCUGGUGUGAAUGGGCAGGUGACCUGUACCCUGUCGCCCCACAUUCCGUUCAAGCUAGUGUCCACCUUCAAGAAUUACUAUUCUUUGGUGCUGGACAGCGCCUUGGAUCGCGAGAACAAGUCGAACUAUAUAUUGGUGGUGACCGCGCGGGAUAGGGGCUCGCCUUCUCUGUGGGCCACCGCCAGCGUGUCCGUGGAAGUGGCCGACGUGAACGACAACGCACCGGCGUUCGCGCAGCCCGAGUACACCGUGUUCGUGAAGGAGAACAACCCGCCCGGCUGCCACAUCUUCGCGGUGUCUGCGCGGGACGCGGACGCGCAGGAGAACGCGCGCGUGUCCUACUCGCUGGUGGAGCGGCGGGUGGGCGAGCGCGCGCUGUCGAGCUACGUGUCGGUGCACGCGGAGAGCGGCAAGGUGUACGCGCUGCAGCCGCUGGACCACGAGGAGCUGGAGCUGCUGCAGUUCCAGGUGAGCGCGUGCGACGCGGGCGUGCCGCCUCUGGGCAGCAACGUGACGCUGCAGGUGUUCGUGCUGGACGAGAACGACAACGCGCCCGCGCUGCUGCCGCCUGGGGCGGGCGGCGGGGGCGGCGCGGUGAGCGAGCUGGUGGCGCGGUCGGUGGGCGCGGGCCACGUGGUGGCGAAGGUGCGCGCUGUGGACGCGGACUCGGGCUACAACGCGUGGCUGUCUUACGAGCUGCAGCCAGAAGCUAACGGCGAGCGCAGCCCGUUCCGCGUGGGGCUGUACACGGGCGAGAUCAGCACAACGCGCGCCCUGGACGAGGCGGACUUGCCGCGCCAGCGCCUGCUGGUGCUGGUGAAGGACCACGGCGAGCCGGCGCUGACGGCCACGGCCACCGUGCUGCUGUCGCUGGUGGAGAGCGGCCAGACACCGAAGGCUUCGUCUCGGGCGUCGGUGGGCGCCUUGAGCGCGGAGACGGCUCUGGUGGACGUCAAUGUGUACCUGAUCAUCGCCAUCUGCGCUGUGUCCAGCCUGUUGGUGCUCACGCUGCUGCUGUACACCGCGCUGCGGUGCUCGGCUCCGCCCACCGAGGGCGCGUGCGGGCCGGGGAAGCCCACGCUGGUGUGUUCCAGCGCGGUGGAGAGCUGGUCUUACUCGCAGCAGAGGCGGCAGAGAGUGUGUUCUGGGGAGGGGCCGCCCAAGACCGACCUCAUAGCCUUCAGUCCCAGUCUUCCUCAAGGUCCCAUCUCUGCAGACAAUCCGCAUGAUGUCGCUGUCUACCAUGAAGAUACAUCUAGGUAUUGUUCCAAGUCCGUUCCUCUUAUUACUGCAUCGUUCCGUGCUGAAUGA